CCACCACGUCAUGCACAGCCCGUCGUUCGUGAUUUGAAGCCACACUUGUCCAUCUGGCUUUUAUUCCAGUCCCCGUUCGGACGGUGUUGAAUAUGCGUCAGGCCCAACGUUCCCGAGCGAUCGUUGCUGACUACGCCUGUGCUACAAAGACAGCUCUCGCUAGCUGACCUGGAGAUCCGUCGACAGAAAACCGUGAUAAUAUACAGGGACCACCGAUUAACUUAAAGGUUUCCCUCCGCCAAUUCGUCGAUCGUACUCUCCGUCUUGGGAGGACUGCGGACGGUCGUCAGUUACCUCGAGCUAGACGAGACGACUCCCUUCAUGGCUGCGUAGACGGGAUAUCGCAAUACAAUACCCCCAAUCCGCACGACAUGUCAGAAAAGGAGUCCGAAUUCGUUUUCUUCGCAAAAGCCGUCUCUAGGAUCCUCGGUUGGGCCUACUUCUUCUGCUGGAGCGCAUCAUUCUACCCCCAACCCAUAUCAAACUGGCAACACAAGUCUACCAUCGGCCUCGCUAUAGACUUUCCCACACUGAAUGUCCUCGGAUUCAUCGCUUAUACAAUCUCAACAGCGGCAUUCUACUACUCGCCGACGAUACAAUCGCAAUAUGCAUAUCGGCAUCCCGAGUCGCCCCUGACGACCGUGCGAUUCAACGAUGUCUUGUUCGCGGCGCACGGCGCGCUGCUGUGUGUCAUCAUAUACAGCCAGUUUUUCCCUUCAGUGUGGGGAUUCAAGGUCAGCAAGCUGCAGAAAACGAGUAAAGCAGUGCUCGGCAUAUUCUGGGGGUCCAUCAUCGGAAUUCUAGCGACAGUGUGCAUGGUCAGGAUUGCAGGGCGACAGGGAGGAUAUGACCCUUCGGCAUGGGCGUGGGUUGACGUCAUAUACGCUCUAGGCUACGUCAAAUUGCUCACCGUCGUCGUCAAAUACAUGCCUCAAGCGUACCUGAACUUCCAACGCAAAUCCACCCAAGGCUGGAGCAUCUAUCCCAUGCUACUCGACUUCGCGGGCGGGGUCGCCAGCCUGUUGCAGCUGUUCAUCGAUUCCUCAUUGCAGGGGAGUUGGGAAGGUGUCACGGGGAAUCCGGUCAAGUUCGGAUUGGGGAAUGUUACCCUGUUCUUCGAUGUCGUAUUCUUUUAUCAGCAUUAUGUGCUUUACCGUGAUGAGGAGCGGGAGGAAGAAAUGCUGAGGGAGAGCUUGUUGUAGAGGGGGCUUCCAUGAUAUACCCCUAUAGAUAUCUCUUUAUAACCUUUGCAGUACUUGUAAGCAUAUGUAGACGUUAGACUUCUUUGACAUCAGCCAGGUGCUUAGCAGUCUCGCACCUGCUACAGACGGAUGCAUAGGUAUUAAUUUUAGAAACUACAGUAGAACCAUAC